AAAGAGAUGCCCGUUGGACACCAUCUCGUCGUGAGAAGCUGAGGGCAUGGCUUCCUUGUUGUUCCUGCGUCUCGUCGUUCCCCUCGCUCUGCUUCUUCUGCCGCUCUCGCGCUCGGCGACGGUGGUGACCCAUCUACCCGGCUUCCAUGGCCGCCUUCCCUUCCACCUGGAGACCGGGUACGUCAACGUGGACGAGGAGACGGGAACGGAGCUCUUCUACUACUUCGUGGAGUCGGAGAGGAGCCCCGACACGGACCCCGUCGUCCUGUGGCUGACGGGAGGACCCCGCUGCUCUAGCUUGAUUUUCUACGAAGUUGGUCCAAUGAAAUUCGUUCUUGCACCUUAUAAUGGUAGUUUGCCAGAGUUGGCAUAUAAUCCCGAUUCAUGGUCCAAGGUGGCAAGCAUCAUCUUGUUGGAUUCUCCAGUGGGUACUGGUUUCUCGUAUGCUCGUGAUAUAGAAAGUCAUCGUGAUGUUGGGGAUUUCUCAUCUACUUUGCACAUCAUAACAUUUCUCAACAAGGUGAAAGUUAUCUUUCUAUUUACUAUUGUUGUAGUUGAAUGGCUUUCUUACCAUCUUAUGCAUGUUGAUGUAGUGGUUUAUCGAUCACCCGCGCUACCAGUCAAAUCCUUUCUUUGUUGGAGGAAGUUCAUAUGCUGGAAAGAUGUCCCCAAUUACCGCGCAACACAUUUCACAAGAAAUCAAACAAGGGAAGCAACCCAGGAUUAAUCUCAAGG